CAUUUAUUGCUCGUCCUUGUAUGUCAUAUAAACCUUUUUGAAAAGGUUGUUUGGCAUUAUGGAGAAAACCUGACUAUCCUUUCCAACCCCACAAAUUGCAAUCUAACACCUGCGAUCAAAUCCAUACUGCGGGUAUCACAGGAUAUAUGCGAGCACAGUCAUCGAAUAGCAUCAAGUAACCUAAGUAAACACAUAUCUGCCCAGCGAUCUAACAAGACAUGCUUUCAGUUUCGAAUUAGAUGUUGCAGGCGAACGUCGACACAAUCUACGGAUAUUGAAUCGCACUCAGAAUGUUGUUAUUGUUUUUGUUGCCUUCUUGCAAGAAAGGGAGGAGGCUGGAAGCUCGAUUUUUUGAACCACUUGAAAAGUUUAAACGAUAGUCUAAGGGCCUAGUCGUCUUAUUUCACUGAAAGUAUAUGAUUCCUUUUCGUAGUGUCGGUGCGCGUGAACGAAAUUUCCAUUGUGUAACUGAAUGUUAUCAGCUGGUGCCAGUUUUUUGGGUAGGAGGCUACUGUUAAAGGAAGAACUUAACCACUUCGUCUCAGGUGUAAAGAUGGCCCAAAGUUCAGUCGGCGUUGGAAUAGGUUAUAUGCAUCCGCUGCCUGCUGUCCCUGCUGGGUUAAAUACUUUGUACCAAGCUUGCAGGGCACUUUACACAGAUCAACAAAACCCACUACAAGUAGUUGCCGUCCGAAAGUACUGGAUGGGCGGCCCUGAUCCAUUGGAUUAUAUUUCUAUGUACUCAAACGUGGGCGACCCCUCACAGGGUAUCCCUCCGCAUUGGCACUACGUAUCGUUCGGUUUGUCAGACCUUCACGGUGACGGUCGAGUCCAUGACUUCACUGGACCAGGCUCACCUUCGGGAUUUGGUUUCGAGCUAACAUUUCGUUUGCGUAAAGAAGAAGGAGAUACAGCUCCACCAACUUGGCCUGCGGCUGUAAUGCAAGGGCUCGCUAGAUACGUGAUUCAGUCAGAUAAUAUUCUUUGCAAUGGAGACCAUGUAUCAUGGCACUGUCCUCUCGACAAUUCCGAGUCUCGUAUUCAGCACAUGUUAAUGACCGUCGAUGCCCAGCUCGGUACAGUCGAGACCCCAUGUGGUUCGGUACAAUUCAUGCAGCUUGUAGGCGUAUGUCAAGAAGAGCUCAAGGCUGCACAGCACUGGAAUGGAAAGAGUUUUCUACAACUCAUGAAAGGAGUUCCUGGCCUAGGCGGCCCAUGGCUCGUUACCAAUAUGCGUCGUGGUGAAAGUGUGUUCGAGUUGGAAGUGGACGUCGAAGAGGCUGUACAGAUGGGUAUUUCUCAAGAAGGUUCAGAUCUUUCUGGAGUUGGCGCAAAAAUGUUCUGGUCCGAAGAGAUGUCAGGCCAAAUAGGACAUGUUUCGGAUUGCCCUGGCGUUACCGAAAGGAAUGCGGAUUGUGCUUCACCUGUAGGUGAGCGUGGGAUAGGUCGCGACGUAGCCAGUGGUGUUGGUGGUCUUCACAAAGAUCCCUGUGAGGAACAAUGUUUAGAGGAGGGAAUGCCACCCCCUAUAAGGAGACUGAAGGCGCUGCACUUACAUAUUAACCUCGAAGCCGGCCUUUUGUUACCGCUAAUGUUGAAGGGUCGACUCAAGCAUGGCAGGCACUUUACGUACAAGUCAGCGCACGACUCAAAUGCUCUCACGUUUGUCGUGCCAUCCGUGCAAGGGUCCUUUGUAACGGAAGAGGCCCCAUUUGGAGUCGAAGGUCAAUGGUGCCAAGCCUUAAUUCAGGAAGAUCUCCUUGAGGAUAUGAUUGAUGAUCUUGAUCACCUCACGAAAGAUGAUCCCGAAAUGUUGACGCUUCCGAAGACAUAUAACUUCCCGCAUCAUAACUUGUCCAUCACGUUACUGCCCGAGGACGACUACUAGAUAGUUUGUGACAGUCCAAAACAAUGACAGCACUUAGAGCAGCUUCCUUAUACAACACAUGUAUUUUAUGGUUAUUGAUCCUUAUACCUACUUGUGAAGCUAUUACCGUGUGCCUUCAAUUUUGUACUUCUGAAUCUAAGCAAUCGUAUUGUUGUAUCGAAUGUGAUCUUUAGACAACGCCGUAACUUUUGUCUGUACUGAAGCCCGUUUGGCUAUCGCUUACGUGUAAACAUGCAUAUACAAGUGUUGUUUACAUUAUAUUUAAUUCAUUAGCAUAACAUGCCAAUUGUGCACAAGCUUAAGGUCUCAAUAAACCUUCUUAUAUAAAAUUUACGUAUACCCUCUCCAAUCACAUGUUGUAAAACUCAUCGAUUUGACAAUGUUACCAGUCACUAUAAUCAUUUGUAUGUAUCAUCUAUAGCAUAAUAAACAUAAUACGUUUCGA